UAGAAAUAGUUGACCUUUGUUUGUUGUUCGGCUAAAGUUCCCGCGCGAGGGUUCAAAAUUAUAUUUUUAGGUCAGCUCGAAUCAGACGACAUUUAUCCGUUAGACGGCCGUGACAGCACCUCAAGAUGCAGGAGGUUGGACAGGUGAACAGCUGGCUCCAGUCCCAACAUGUGCUGGUCAGUCAGGAGUGGCUGGAGGCCUGUCUGGAUUGGAUACACCAGGAAAACCAGGGCGCUAACCUGCCCCGAGCCCAGCUGAACCAGAUGGUGUAUGAACAGUGGCUUCAGGCUGACCUACAGGUCGUUGCCCCCGGCUGCCUCCCACAAGGCAUUGCACAGGAGCAGAAAACUGUCCUGAAUGGCAAAUUUGCUCUGCAGAUAAACUCCAUGAUAGACGUGAGUGUUCCAGCCUACACACAGUUACAGAAGCUGAGAGGAAGGGAGAACGCCAACGACGCUGUAACUGCAGAGACACAGGCAACUCAAAAGCCAUGGGAGCAGAAGCCGACCCGUAUGCUGAUGUUGCAGCUCACUGAUGGACAGCAAAACCUGCAGGGCAUGGAGUAUCAGCCAAUCAGAGAUCUAGCAGUGGACAUGGCACCUGGCACAAAGAUAUUAGUGUCUGGUCCAGUGCAGUGCAGGCUGGGAGUUCUGCUGCUGGAUGGAAGGAAUGUAAAAGUCUUGGGAGGAGAGGUGGAGGAAUUGGCCGAGGAGAAUAGGAUGGAGAAUGUCUUACUCAAAGCUGUUUCUGAACAAGGUGCUGCAGACCCAACACUAGUGCAGCAACAGCAGCAGAUACAACAGGAGUACAGACAGUCAACAGCCAACAACACUAGAAAUACAGCAAGUACCAGGCAACAGAACAACCAAGGCAGGCAACAGAACAAUCAAGGCAGGCAACAGAACAACCAAGGCAGGCAGCCUGGAUGGCAAGGAAAUGCAGAUUUUGGACAGGGCAAUAGUACAGAAACAAAAGCUAACAAGAAGACCACACAGCCACCAGUGACAUUCACAGAUGAUUUUGAAGAUGAUGACUUCUUGGACAAUAUGGACCUUGGGGAACUGGACAUGUUGGAAAAUCAGGAAAUGCAAGAAACAAAACCACCAAAAACACUGCAGAAUCCACCAGUCGUGCAGCAGAGGCAAAAUAUGAAUAAACAACAAAACAAUGCAAGAAGUCUUCAACAAAACAAUGCAAUAAGUUUUCCAAAAGCUGUGAAAACAGAGCAAACCGAUCCUUUUGAAAGAGGGGUGAUGCAGAGGAGCAGUGACAAUUUUUCUACCAGGAACCCCCCUGCUGCACAAAGUGGUCACAACCAUCAGGGAGGUAGAGACGAGUUCAAAUAUGAACCAGAAUGGGAUGAACCAUUUGAUAUAGAGGGGGUUGAAGAGAGUGAAGAAAGAAAAGAAAGACUUGACACCAGUUCCAGACAAGUUAAACAAGAGAACUCCACCUCUAGUACAUUGAACCGAUCCGCCGUGUUCCAAAUUGAUGAUGAACCUGACUGGGACGAUCCAUUACUGAUGGAGGGGAUGGCAGGCAACAUGAGCGCCAUCGACAAUGAUGUAUGGGAUGAUCCAUUUGAUGAGGAGGGAGAUCAGCAUAUGGUGCAACAAGGGACAAGUAAAGAUGCAGGAAAAGUGGAAGAAAGGAGGGAUUUCACAGUGCCAAAGAGAGGGCCCUUUGAAAACAAAGCAUCUUUUGAAGACAGAAGUAAACCAGUUCAGUCUGUAGAGAUCUCUUUACCAACUGUGAAGCCAAGUUUGAGGCCUCCAACUGUCCAGCAGAAGAGCGAAAGUCAAGACAUCAAGGUAAAAAGAGAGCCUAACAUCAACCAAGCUUCAAACUUGCACGGUAUGAGUGACGCUGCAGUUCCUUUCCCAGGAGCAAGAGGGGGCUUGUCCACACAGAAGCUUGUGCAGACAGUAACACCUUUCAGCAGGGAACAGCCCUCAGAGAUGAAGAAAAGGAGGCUUGAUACAGGUGUGGACUUGGACACCCCGCCCUUUACUUACCUGUCCAAGGUGCUGUCUACUCUUCCUGUCAGCAACAGGACUGUGGUCACGGUUAAGGCUUUCAUCCUCACCCUGACGUCCAAGCUGGAGAAAACGAGUGAGUGGAAGAUGUCAGCCAUGAUCAACGAUGGCUCGACCUGCGUGGAAGUGGACUUGGGAGAUGAGGUUCUGGCCAAGUUGAUUGGAUUCACAGUACCAGAGCUGAAGAACUUAGUUGUCAGAUCCAAGACAGAUCCAGCCAUCAAGAAGAGGAUCAAAGAGGGUCUUGAAGGGUGCCAGAGGAAGUUGAUUGACCUCUCCUGUCUGAUGGAGGUGGAGGUCAGCCCCACCCUGGUCAAACCUAAGGUCAUCGCCCUGUCAGACAUUAACCCCACUGUUGUCAGACAGCUUCAAGAACGAGUAGACAGAAAUGCUAUACAAUGAAUAGUAAAAUGAAAUACAAGGCAGAUUUUUAAUAACAAGCUAACAUUUAAUUCCAUGAUGAAUUUACAAGUAAGGAAUUUCUUUGGAAUAUGUCCACAAAUUAAAGGCUAGCACAUUUUUAAAGAAACAUUACAUAGUGGGUUUUAAUGUAAAGUCAUGAAAUGGACAGAAGUGUGCUGACAUAGGUAACAAUUCUGCCUACCACAAAUGUUACUGAGAGGCUCUUUGCACAUAGCGUUACACCAAUAUGGUAUAGAUGAAUUUUGCUGUGUAUAUAUGAAACUUACUGAACAUGUUGUAUUAAUAACAUUGUUAAGAAAUGAUUACAUUCAGAUUAGUAGUAAGAAAUCAGUUUAUUUUAUUGAAAAAGUUUUUUGUUGUUCACUGGAGGUAUGGAAGGUCAUGUAAAUAAAUGAUGUAGUUUACAAAAUACAUGUAUUACAACUGCUUUCUACAAAAUUUCAAACCAUCACUAAAUAAGUGUAUGACAAUUUAGCUUAGUCCAAAAGUACUGGGACCUUUGCUAUUGACUUAUAACAUGAUAACUUGUUAUUGUGUUGAUUUGAUUUUAGAAAUGAAAGACACAUACUGCAACCUUGAAGCGAAAUUAUCGUCCAUAUAGCCCAGCUUGGAAGAUAAACACAGGUCACUUACAAUGGCAUUAUCCUGUACAGCAAGCAAGUUCCAAUGAAAUAAAACUAAAAACGUAUAUUCCAUAUUCUAUAUAUAGAGCCAAACUAUGGACCUCUGCUUCAUCUGUAGUGAGUAUAGUUCAUAAUACAAAUAUAAGUGAUCUCCUUUCUGUAGUCAUAAAGAUCACUCCAUGCAGUACCCAAGUUGUUACGUGAGUCACAAUGUCACAAUGCGCUGUACCCUCACCAUAGAUACUUCGCUUCAUAUUUGGUGACCGUUCAUGGUAGCUGAUUGCCUCUAUGCAGUCAUCAGAUAUCACAAAUGAUGUGUUAAGCUAAAGAGAUUAUUUCCUCUGGCGCAUACAGCUAAUAUUGUGG